CCAGUUCCCUGCGCCUGUUCACAGCACUGAACUUAAAAACAUUUGCAACAAAAAAAAAUUUUAAGAUUCUUACGUGUGAAAAAUUAAAACAAAAAAAAAAGACAACCGAGGGCAUUCCAACCACCCAUCGCACCUAGUCAAAGAUGUGCCAGCGAUAGGCCGAACGACCGCACCGAUAAAAAGCUAUCAAUCUGCUCGUUGGCGCUGCGUCCGGAGGGAAGAAUUAAUAACACAACACGUCAGACGUGAAGAGCAGAUAGACGAGAUAAGCAAUGACUAAGGCUAAUAAGUGGGUGUGCUUGCUGAUGCUGCUCCUGGUCUUGCGGCUACGAGCGGAAGAGCUGCAGGGGCCCACCGCGGACACCACGGGCAGUAGCACGGGGCUAGGCACAGGCACUGGCACCGCCACGCCUACUUUGCCCGGUGAGCCGUCCACCCAGGCUGAGGCUGAUGAGGUAAGCACAGCGGAGACGGAGUCACGGGUACCCGCGGAGAGCAACGAACGCAAGGCGGCCAAACCCAAGGACACAACAGAGUUUGCUACGCGCUCAAAGGUCAUGCCGUCCGCCCUGCUCGAACGCCUGUGGACCGACAGUCUAAUGAGGCAGCAGAAGCUAAAGGCCGAGAUUGCGCGAAUCGAGGAGCAACGUCAGCCAACUGUAGUUUCGGAACAAACCCCUGAGCAAAUCGAAGCUCAAACCAUGUACGAGAAUGCCAUGGACAUGUUGGCCAAGCCGCGGACGGACAAAAGAGUGGCCUUCACGCUGCUCAAAAAGGCAGCAGCAUUUAACCACCUUAAGGCAAGAGCUGAGCUGGCGUGGGCCGUGCUAUUGGGUCACUGGAUGGACUUCGAUUUCAACCAUGCCGCCGACGAGUUCGAAAGCCUAGUCAACGAGGGAGUCCCAGAGGCACACAUGGGCUUGGGAUUCCUUUACUCGGCCGGCGUUGGCGGAAAGAAUGUAAGCCAGCCCCUGGCCUUGAUCCACUACGGGUUGGCGGCCCUGGGGGACAACACGCUGGCCCAGAUGGCCAUGGGAUAUCGCUAUCUGUACGGCAUCAAUGUGCCUAUCAGCUGUGAGAAGGCGUUGAUUCAUUAUAAGCGGGUGGCCAAAAAGGUAGCAUCCAAGAUCACCUUCGCCAACGGACCAAUCGUACAACGAGUGCGGCUGCUGGACGAGCUGGAGAACCCCGGUAGCCACGAGACCGAGAUUGUGGACUACUACCAGCUGCUGGCCGACAAGGGUGACGUUCAGUCGCAGGUGGGAUUGGGCCAGCUGUACUACCAGGGCGGCAAGGCCAUUCAGCAAGAUCACCAGAAGGCCCUUGAGUACUUCACCCAGGCAGCCAAUGCAGGCAAUGCGAUCGGAUUUGCUUUCCUGGGAAAACUUUAUCUGGAGGGAAGUGAGCAAAUCAAGGCAGAUAAUGAUACCGCAUUGAAGUACUUCCUCAAGGCCUCAGAAAUGGGCGAUCCGGUGGGUCAGAGUGGAUUGGGACUGAUGUACCUAAAGGGUCUGGGCGUGCCCAAGGACACCAUCAAAGCGUUGUCCUAUUUCACCCAGGCCGCUGAUCAAGGAUGGGUUGAUGGCCAACUGCAGUUGGGAAACAUGUAUUUUACUGGAAAUGGCGUAAAAGCUGACUACAAGCUGGCCCUGAAGUACUUUAAUUUGGCCACCCAGUCUGGUCAUGUCUUGGCUUACUAUAAUCUGGGUGUAAUGAAUGCCUACGGUAUGGGAAUGUUGCGUUCUUGCCCUGCAGCAGUGGAGUUCUUCAAAACCGUUUCCGAGCGUGGACGCUGGACCAGCCGCCUGAUGCAUGCGUAUAGCGACUAUAAGAAAAAUCGUGUCGACGAGGCCUACAUGCAAUACUCGCUUAUGGCAGAAGUGGGUUAUGAGGUGGCCCAGAGCAAUGCAGCAUUUCUUCUGGAUCGCGAAGAGGUGCACGUAUUCAACGAUCGGCAUGAGGAACUGAUUCGCGCCUUCUAUUAUUGGAAACGAGCUGCCGGACAGGGCUACUCGGCUGCCCAAGUUAAGCUGGGUGACUACUAUUACUACGGCUGGGGCACUGCCACGGACUUUGAGACUGCAGCUGCCCUCUACAGGAAAGCGUCAGAGCAGCAAUAUAAUGCCCAGGCGAUGUUUAACUUGGGAUACAUGCACGAGCAGGGGCUCGGUAUGAAGAAGGAUUGGCAUUUGGCCAAGAGGUUGUAUGAUCUCGCUGCCGAGACCAACUCAGACGCCAAGGUGCCAGUGGCCAUUGCACUCUUCAAGCUGCAGAUGCUAGCUAAGAUUGAAUCAAUCAAGGAGUCCCCAUACAGGUUCAUCUUCUAUAUGGAUGAAAACAUCGCUGCCAACUGGGACUUGUACAUGAUUACCGUUUUGACUCUGCUGUUGGGCAUCAUCAUGUACAUGAGGCGGCCAUUCCAGCAGCCGGAUCAGCCGGCAGUAGCACCUGCAGAUGAUCUUGCCGCUGCGCCCGUUAAUCUGGCUCCGGUGGGGGCAGAAGCAGCACCUGUGGCUGGUGCAGAGGCUGUAGUGAGAGCACCUCCUGCGGCUGCAGCCGUUCCUCAAGCUGCACCUGCUCCAUCCACAUCUGCGGCAGCGUCCGCGACUGCUGCGUCCAAUGCUAACGCAACUCCGGAAGGGGCCAGUAGCUCAACGACCGCGGCGCCAGACGGUGCAAACGUGAACACACUCGGCCCCACUGACUAGUCUUAGCGAAUUGGUUAAUCAUCCCUCUAGGUUAAUUAGUGUGCGUGUAAAUAUUUAUCAUCUAAUUUCGCCGAUUUAAUAUUUUUUAUUAAUUCUAAAGCCGACCUUUUUAGAUAUUUAAAAAAUAUCGUACUCAGAAAUGAAUGUUGUACUGAUAAACCAAUGAAUCGAUCGACAUUUGUUA